AUGUCAGCAGACGAAUAUCUCGAGGGCUACUCUCUACGCCGAAACGGCACAUGCAUGGACGGCGAGCAGGAUUGUGGUGGGACCUGGGGCUCAUUUCGAAGAUGUUGCCCGGGGAAUACCAAAUGCCCUGCCGAAAAAGGCGCCCCUGGGAUAUGCUGUCCAACUACGAAAAAUUGCGAAGCCGCGUUAAAUAAUAAAUGGCGCUGUGCAGACUCUACAGCGGAUCUUUACGCUGUUCAAAAGACCGAUGGUUAUUUUUGCUGCACAAAUGAUACUCUAGGACUUUAUACUGUCAGCAGAGGUUAUGUGGGCUGCGCAAAAGCACAAGACAUGAACGACCUUGGCGAGGAAGUGAAGACCCUGAGAGCAGCUGUUCAGUAUACUCUUUCUACCUCUACAACCUCGAAUACUGCCACGGCUACAACACUCCCCUCGUCGACACUAGGGACAACCAGCGCCACUCCCACCCCCACAAACGACGCAAAUACCGAUACUUCUCACUCUAAUACCGGGGCAAUCGCGGGUGGUGUGGUUGGUGGUAUAGCUGGUGUCGUCAUCUUGAUUGCGCUGGCCUGGUGUUUAUUCCGUCGCCGAAAGAAGCACCCUCAAGAUAGCCAAUACAUCCAACCUCCCCCAGGCCCUGUAUCGGAGUUGAGUGAUAGUAAUCAGAUCACAGAACUGAGCGGUCAAAGCAUUGCAGAGCUACCAGGACCAGAGCACCGCAAGGUUCAACCUGCUGAAUUGGCGACAUGA